CCAGCUCGGAGCAGAUAGAGCACCUAGCUAGUUAGUCGCAACUCGCAACGCAAGAGUGUGUGACUAGUGAGAACCGACUACCGAGUGAACGAUCAUGGCGGCGUCUCUGCAAGGCCUAUACAAUGGGGGCAGCGGCUUGGGCGGGAGGGUCGUCCACGCCAGGAGCGGCGGUCGCCGGUCAGCUGCGGCGGUGAAGCGGCUGCUGUCGAGGUUGAGGCGCUCUUGGAGAAGACGCACGGCGCGGCCGAGGCGAACCGCGGUGAGGUUCGGGUAUGACCUGCAUAGCUACUACCAGAACUUCGACGACGGCACUGCCUCCCGCGCCCACCACCGCUUGUAGCUCAUUGACUCAUUGUACCGGAACCCUCACUUGUAGAAAAAUAACUGAAAGCCUAUGGUGGAGUUUAAUUUGUACGUACGGUUUUAGUUAUCAUACAUUAAUGUUAUUUCUAUUGGUGGUUUUUUAAAAAACCGUCAUUAUAAAUCAUAUUUCUAUAUUGUUCGA